AUGUCUCCUCCAGUUCCUGAGCAGAAGCCUCAGCUUCAACAACAAACUCAACAACCACAGCAGCAACAGACACCAUCAGGAGAUUCGUCCUCUGGCAGUGCUAGCAACGACUCCAAGUCUGUGACGCCUGCUCCCAGCGCCACCUCAAACACUUCUCAGAGCAGCGGUGCUGCAUCAACAUCAAACGAUGACAACCUUAUCUGCCGAUGGAAUGCUUGCAACCAAAAGUUCCCUGCUCCCGAGGCUCUCUACGAGCACAUCUGUGAGCGCCAUGUUGGCCGUAAGAGCACAAACAACCUCAACUUGACUUGCCAGUGGAACUCUUGCCGAACUACUACAGUCAAGCGAGACCACAUCACCUCUCACAUCCGUGUUCACGUUCCUCUCAAGCCUCACAAGUGUGAGUUCUGUGGCAAGUCUUUCAAGCGUCCCCAGGACUUGAAGAAGCAUGUCAAGACUCAUGCCGAUGACUCUGUGCUCGUCCGGCCAUCCCAGGAUCCCCAAGGUGGACUCAACUACAGGCCACAGCCUCCCAAGGGUAUGUCUUUGCACGAUUCUAGUCCACGGCUGUGGUCUACCGGCUUCCCUUCUCUCGACUCUAACUCCCCUCCAGGACCUUCCAGUUACUACGACCAUACCGGCCAGAUGCGCACCAACGCCGCUGCUUUUGGACACCAGGCCCAUCCCAGUGGUGGUUACUAUGCUCCUCAGCCUUCUACCAACUAUGGUCUUUACUUCAACCAACCACCCAUCAACAAUGCCCGUACUGAGCACCUUGGCUAUAGCGCCGCUGCUGGCGGUUAUGAUCGUAAGCGCACCUACGAUAUGGUUGAUGACUUCUUCGGCAGCGCCAAGCGCCGCCAGAUUGACCCUUCGUCCUAUGCCCAGAUUGGCCGCUCGUUGAUGCCCCUUCACGGCAACCUUACCGUCCCCAACGGCCCUAUGGCUGCUACUGAGCAGUACAUGCCUCAGCCUGCUCCGGCUCCUGUUCACGCCGGCCCAUCACCUGGCCAGAACCCCCUCGCUCAGCAAUAUUACCUCCCCAUGCCCAGCGCGCGCACCCAGAAAGACCUCAUUCACAUCGAUCACAUCCUCGGCGAGAUGCAAAACACCAUCUAUGAGAACUCCAACCAUGCUACUGCUGGCGUUCACAUUCACCAAGGCGAUGGUGGUUUCAACGGUUACCGUAACACUCCUUCGCCCCCUACUUCACACAGGUCUCCUGCUGGCAUGCACGUCUCGACUGAUGGAUACCACCCUGUGUCUGCCGCUAGCAUGGCUUCGCCUCUGACAGCCAUCUCAUCUACCGGUACUCCUGCUGUUACACCGCCAUCCAGCUCUAUGUCUUACACAUCCGGUCACUCGCCAAGCCCAUCUUCCUCCGCCAUGUCUCCUCAGUCCCGCCACGGCUCAACCGCCUCUGUCAUGUACCCUACUCUCCCCACAAGUCUUCCCGCUGUCAGCCAGGGUUUCGGCCACUCUGCCACAACCACUCUUGGCCCCAGCUUUGAUGGAAGCGAGCGCCGCCGCUACUCUGGUGGUAUGCUCCAGCGUGCUCGUGGCCCUCUUCCCCUUCCUCGUGAGGACACCAGCGGUGCUUCUACCCCCAAGGCUAGCGAGUCUGCCCUCUCUGUCGGCUCUCCCUCUUCUGAGUCUGAUGUCAGUGAUGCUGCCCGCGAGCGUGAGGAGCAGUACGACCGCUGGCUCGAGAACAUGCGCGUUAUCGAGACUCUCCGUGAGUACGUGCGCGGACGUCUUGAGCGCAAGGAGUUUGUUGAUGAGCACGAGGCUCCUCGACCAAGCCACGCCGAUGCCAUGGAUGUUGACCCCAAGAGCCCUCAGCCUCAUGCUCGGGAUCUGGGCACUCCUCGUGAGGGUUCGUCUUUGUACCCCAUUCUUCGCAUGCCUGGCUCUUAG